AUUGGAUACUGGAAGAGCUCAGAAAAUGCGCGGUCUUUUUAAAAAUUGAGGGUCGAAGCUACAGAUAUAUAAAUAUUACUUUUCAAUGGACUAUUUGAUAAAAUCAUGUGAAAGUUUAGCCAACCCUACUUAUUCUAUUAACUUCGAAAAACUUGUGGAAUUCGGCUUGACCGGGAUUGUCAUUCGUGAAUACCAACUCCAAGGAAUUAACUGGCUGAUAAAUUGUGACUCACAAGGUCAUGGUGGAUUAUUAUGUGAUGAAAUGGGUUUAGGUAAAACAUGUCAGGUUAUUUGCUUUAUUUUAGCUGUUAGCAAUUGGAAAUCUAACGCUACCUUUUUGAUUGUAUGUCCGCUUUCCGUUUUAGAAAAUUGGAGAUGUGAACUUCAAAUUAUUGCUCCUAAUAUUUCAUUCAUAACUUAUAUCGGCGACAAAGUAGCACGUCAUAACUUGCGAUCUAAUUACAAUAAAUCGAUUAAAGUUCUUUUGACUACUUAUGAGAUUUGUGUUAAUGAUGAAGCAUUUUUUAAAACAGUAUAUUGGAACUAUGUUAUUGUUGAUGAAGGGCAUCGUCUUAAAAACUCCAAUACUCAAAUAUAUGCAAUGUUAAAUGAGACAUGUCCAGGAAUACGUUUUAUCUUAACUGGCACACCUAUUCAAAAUAAUUUAGAAGAAUUAUAUAAUUUAUUACAUUUUAUAUCACCAAAUUAUUUUCAUAAAAAUUUAUGUUCUACGUUUAUAAAUUAUUUUAAUCAUUCAACUAAAAAAGAUGAAACAGACCAGGAUAUGGCGAAAAUUCUACGCCCAUUCCUUUUACGGCGUAUUAAACAAAAUGUCUUAACUGAUUUACCACCACGUGCAGACAUUUUGAUCUAUCAUUCACUAACUGGUUUACAAACAAAAAUUUAUCGGGUCCUAUUGACACGAAAUGCAGAUUUAUUUCAAUCUAUAACUGAUCAACAAAAUAAUCUACGUAUUCAAAAUCGUUUACAGAAUUUGAUUGUGAAUUUAAGAAAAUGUGUAAAUCAUCCAUAUCUAUUUGAUGGUGUUGAACCAGAACCAUUCACUCUUGGUGAACAUUUAGUUCAAGCAAGUUCAAAACUCUUUCUAUUGGAUCUUCUCUUACAAUUUCUAUAUAAUCCCAACAAUUCUAACGUGGACAAAUCAUCCUACCCUUCUAAAUCAAAACCUGUGCAUAAAGUUUUAAUAUUUUCUCAAAUGACACGUAUGCUUGAUAUUAUACAGGAUUAUUUGACUUUAAGAGGUUAUAGUUAUGAACGUUUAGAUGGUUCAGUACGUGGUGAAGAUCGUUUUCAAGCUAUUAAAAGCUUUAAUGAAGAUCAAGAAACAUUUGUGUUUUUACUUAGUACUCGUGCAGGUGGUCAGGGCUUGAAUCUUGUCUCUGCUGAUACGGUUAUCUUUGUUGAUAGUGAUUUUAAUCCACAAAUUGAUGUACAAGCCGCAGGACGUGCUCAUCGUAUUGGUCAGAAAAAACCAGUUCGAAUAAUACGACUUGUUUGUCGGCAUACUGUUGAAGAAGCAAUAUUAUCUCGUGCAGAGAACAAAUUAAAAUUAGCAACUCGUGUAUUAAAUUCAACGGAUUUAAAUAAUUUAGAAAAUAAUACUGAUAAACCAUUCACAUUCGAUGAGUUGAAUAAUGUUCUUAAAUUUGGAUUGGCUAAACUACUCAACACAACUGAUAACGAUGUUGUUAACAAUAAUGAGGAUGACAAAAAAGUCAAUCUUAAUUUUACUCAAAUACUUGGUGAAACAGAUCAUGUAACAGGACACUGGUUACCAAUUCCUCCAUCCACCAUAAAUAACGGCACUAUAGAAGAACAGAUAAAUUCUUGUGGUUGGGUGCUACUCACAAAUGAACCGUUUCACUGUGAACCUAGUGAAGCUGAUCAAGAAGCAGUCAAAAAGUUGCAACAAGACUAUGAAUUAACCAAAUCUAAAUUAAAAGUUGAAGGUAUAAUAAAUGAGAAUGAAGAUGAUGAAUUGCUUACAUCAGAAAAUAUUACAGGAUUCAGUGUAUCGAAUUCCGCUUUCACCAAGUUGAAUAACUAUCGCAAAAAGUUAACAUCAAUAGAAAUUGAAGCUCGCAAUAAAAAGGCUGUUGAGACUAAAGCUAAACGUGAAUAUAAACGAAAAGAAAAUGAAGCAAAACGAAGCGCUGAACAUUUAAAACAAAAACUUUCCUUAUGGCAUUCUGUUGAUUAUAAAACAUUCAGUGUAUUCCGUGAUGAAUCGAUUAUAGCUGAAUCAAAUCAUUAUCCAUAUCCUAAUCAUAGGGAUCAACUAGAGAAUGUACUUGUUAAUGAUGAUGACUUCAAGGAUGAAAUAACAAAUGAGAUGGCAAGCGAAGAGUCUCCAUAUGGAACUGGUGCUGGAAUCUAUUAUAAAAUUGGCGAUGCUUCAGAGCCACUUAGUAUUUUCUCAUUAAUGAAAGCUCAAAAUAAAAUUGACGGUACACCACCAUAUUUUGUAUGUACUACUAUUGAUGAUAGUGGGCAUUGGAGUCAUGGUGGAAUAUUUGGAGCUCUUAGUAGACGUAGUAAUAAUCAAAUUAAAGAUGUAUACGAAUUAGCUGGUCACAUGGAUGACUUAAAUUUAGGCGAUUGUUUAAUUGUUCCAAUUGGGAAUUCUGAAAAUUCAUCACCCUCAUCAUCAACAGAAAAGGAGAUUAAAACUUUUCAUGAUUAUUUAACCAACCAUCAUGACAAUAAUAAUGAUGAUGUUGAUAGCACUAAACCGGUUGUCCAUGAUCACUGGUUAAAUAAUUUUUGUGGCCUGUUAGUUGCUCAAAAACAUUCCAAGAGAACUCAUUCAACUGGUGAAGCUCCAGAUUUACAACUAAACUCAUUAGAAAAAAGUUUAUGUGCUCUUGGAAUGGCUUGUGCCCGUUUGAAAUCGUGUUCUAUUCAUAUUCCUCGAUUAGGACAUGGAACUCAAGCAUUUACAUGGUAUCAAAUUGAAAGAUUAUUAAGAAAACAUCUUGUUGAUCAUCAUCAUAUUUCAGUAUAUGUAUAUUAUUAUCGUCCAGUUAAUGCGGAUAAUCAUCAUUCGUUGGAUUCCUGUACAAUGUCUACUACAUCAUCCAAAGAACCUUUGAGGUCUAUGAAACGAAAAAUCUCCUCAUCACAAAAUAUAAUUAAUUCUAACCAAAAUCUGGGUUAGUCAAAAUUUUUUUUUGUUUUUUGUGUAACUUCUUUAUUCUCGUCAAGUUUUCUUUACUGUCCAGUUAACCUCAGAUUACGGGAUCAACUGGGGUUUCCUAUUUGUAUAUUUUUGUACCAUCAAGUUAACAAUCCUAAGGUUAGAUGCAGAGUACUAUGUAAAUAUAGCAAGUCAGUUAUCGAGGGACCGAAUCUUUAUCAAUCGAUGUGGUUGGGACAUGUAUAUAAUAUCCUCAUCCGUUGAUUGUCUUGACAUGUAACGAAGACUAGGGCAAGUGUAAGGAUGGCUCGUUGGCAAAUUCAAGAAGCCCAGAAAGAGCCGAAGACAUUCCAUCCAAUCACUGCUAGGGGAACUCUCUAGAGUGUCGACGUGUAGCUUCCCUAUUGGAUGAAUAAUAAGGACCCCCUAUGUGCCUAUUAACUGUCCGAAAUGAUGAUUUACUUUCAGCCGAAAAACUAUAAAUACAUGAGAUUUUUGUACUAUAUUUGACAGUGUUUAAAGGAAUAAAAUUCCUACUUACUAGUCUUCUCUCUUGCGACGUUGCGGGUUCGAUCGUUCAAAUAGUCUAGUAGUACGCGGCAUAACAAGAAUCAAAGCUCUAGAUGUAACACAAGAAUAGGUUGGAAGAGAUCUGGAAGCAUCCAAACCAAUAUAUGGCAUCAGUUCGCGAAGUUAUUGACUAUUAGACUUAGCCACUUAGAUUAACGCAGAAUACCUGGUUAGGAUCCGUGUGAUUUUUGCAAUUCCAUGCUUCGAAACUAUGAGAAGGCUCACAAUCGUUCGUGAUGGCGUUAGUGCAUUCAUUUUUUGUUUUCAUAUAAAUCCUAAGUCUUUAUUUUCUUGAUCAACGUAACGGCGUCUGCAGAACAAAAUCUCCGCCUCCUGGUUGGCAGCAACACCAAAUGCAGUAAAUGGGAACAUCAGUGGGGACAACCGAAUGUGUAGAAGAUUUGUCGCUGUUAUGUUUGAAGCGAUUACGAGUUCCCUAAUCUGAGAACGAACAAAGACUCUGUGACCAAAGACCAAUAAGCUAGCUAUUCUGACUCGUCCCAGCCCCACUUACUAGAGUGAGAAGUCCAAUUCCGAAGUGGGUUAAUAUAUUCCUCAAGAUGCACAAUCAGUCACAAUAGGUACAAAUCCAACGUAUACAUAGAGCAUAAAAUUGUCCUUGGGAAGUGUUAGAGAAUAGCAUACUAAAAGAUACAACAAAUCAAUAGCGUUGAAGAUCCUCCCAAGUGGGAAAUACGACAUGAUGGUGAAAACGAGCGCUUUUGGUGCGAAAACAAGAAAUUCAAAUUUUUAAAAUAAAAUUACAAAAAUAACACAUUUAUCAAGUGAGUUCUGGGGAUCUGACAUCCCCGACAGUAGCUCAGGUGGAUAAUUUUUAUGGAGUUUUGUUUUCUGCGCUGGAUGAAGUUUGUUCUGACAAUGUCUUUCAGAUAAACGAUGAAAGCUCCACGACCAAACCAUCCAGUUCAAAGAACAAAACUCCAUCACAACCGAAUGUAUUUCAACAUGACAUUACAAAAUAUCUUGGUAAAGUCUAAAAACCAUACAGUAAAUACUUCAUUUACAAAAUGUCAAUUAAUUGUCUUAGACUUGAUCGUUUCUUCAUUUCCACACUAAUCAUCCUCUGUUUUCGUUGUCUUCUCUUCCAUCUUCUGCCAUGCAUCUUACUUUCGUAUAGUGCCACAUACUACUUAUAUCUGUGAACAUCAGUAGCACACUCCAUAAAAGUAGUGAAUCCAGUGGAUUAAAAAAAAAAUCUAUUAAUCUAGAUACAUAUAAUUUGAUCAUUGUCUAUUUUGUUUUACAGAAACUAUGCAACCAGCUAACUAUUUGUAUAAUUUAUUUACCGGCAAAUCAUUCUAUAUUGACAGUUUUCCAGUUGAUAACAAUGAUAAUAGUAAUGAUGAUGUGAAGAAAUUAAAACGAAUGAUUAUUGCAUAUCCUUUUAUUUGUUCAUUAUUUAAAUGUUAAUUAGAUUAUUUCAUGUACUAGCAAGCUAUGAAUGAUUGUUUUGUCUUAGUAUAGCACUCCUUGACAGAUCGCCUUUACAACCCUAUAUCCGAAAAUCAAACCCAGUAGAGUUCAACUAUCUCGAGUGUGAGACAGUUAUCCAUUGAAGGUAAUAAAUGAGGGUUAUGCAACAUUGUGAAUUGAUUGGAGUUAGACACUUACACAAUUAGCCUACAAGUUGGGAUUUCGCACACGAUACCGAAACACCUGAAUUCAAUCUCUUAAGGAAUUGUGGGUGUGCACUGAUGAGGAGCUUCACAUUAGGAUGAAACAACUCUCCGAUGCUUUUUGAUUCUCAGUGAUGGUCUAGAUUAAAUCAAUUCGCGAUUUAAACGAUUAAAAUCCUAAAACUUGUACAAAUUCCUUCAUAGUAAUAUUUUGUAAAUAGAUGUGUACUUUUAAUGGGAAACAGUUGAUUAUUUACAUAACUACGCUGUUAACUCACACUCUAUCCAUAAAUACUGUCUGCCUAUAUGACUUUCCUUAGGUGAUAUCGGAUUCGAUUAGAACUACUAAUCUAAAUUAAAAUGCUUAUACGAUUCAACUGUCGUCUUUCCAUGAAAAUUCCAGAUUAUAUUUCUUAAUUGUGGUUAGCAAUGAAGUUUAGGAUGCCCUUUAAGCGAUAGGUACUGAUUUCCAGUUUCAGUAUAAACAUCAAGAACAUUCAACUAAUAAGUUCGUCAACGAAUAACAGAACACCAUCCGUCAUGGUUGACUAAAGGACAGGUAAAGGGGAUUAAGAGUUCUAUUCUCGCUCACUUGGUGGACACAGGUCAUCAUGUUGAACUGAAUAAAGCUUUUAAGGUUAUCUACCAUAUUCCAUCAAAUUUGCCACAUGGUUUACGAGCUCGUCUAUUGCACAUAGCUGAAGCCAUCGCAAUUCAUAUCCACAAACCGAACCUAUGUAUCCAAAAGAAGUUUGUACAACCACUUUCGCUACCUUGGCCAUCGGUAUAGCGGAGUUUGUAGCAUAAUUUCGGUAAACAAUUAUCUUAUUCCUUCCAUUUUUUUGUAUUUUACUUAUUCUCUUCAUUCGUCUCUUGAUUCUUACAUAACUACUAUAUUACUGACCAUUCAUCAAAAUAUUUUGUUAGUUCUUUCUUCUCUUUUUAUAUAUUAUGCAACGUAGCAACAGCUUGAUUUUCGAAUAACUACUUUGAUUAGUAUUAAUCCUUCUCUUCCAAUUAGUGUUAGUUUAUAAUCGAUGUCAUUAUAUAAUCAUUACGUAACGUAUCUACUCCAUGAGUGUUAUUUAAUUAUUGUAAAUCAUAUAUAUAUUAGUAUAGAGCCAUGAUGAAAAACUAAUUGAAAAGAAAUUUCUUCGCUCGAUUCGUUCCUUUUUAAUAAGUCUCAGUUAGAAUGAAAUGCACCCCGUAUCUUAAUUGUAUACAUAAUUCAAAAAUAAAAUCAAGCUUGUAACUGUAGAUAGUUUUGAGGUAUUGGCUAAGUCUCUGUUUAUCCCAACAGAGAAUAGUUGAAAUUCAUUAUUGAAUACCAUUGAUGAUAGGAAAUAAACCAAAUAUUAGCCUAUUUUUUAAAAUGAACAAGUGAUACAAUGUCAAUCUAAUUUUUAUCGAUGAAGAGAGCUGUCGGCCUCCCUUAACUCAAUAUUAUUAUCAUUGUUGAUUAAUCUAGUUCACUUAUGAUGGUGUUGUAGCAUCUAAUCUAGACUCAUCUGUCACACAUAUUAUUUACACAGGUAAAUUAAAUCCGAAGUUGAAACCGAUCGAUAAAGAGGUGAGUUCUGAUAAUCUUCUUCUUCUUAGUACAUUAUCGAAAGAUGUGAGUGCUUUUUAUACUACAGUUACAUUUGUUAUUUAUUAGGCAGUUCAUUUAGGACCGAGAGUUUUACAUAGAUAGUCUGUCCAAUAAAUUCGUCAACUUCAUAAUUAAAGGUACUAGUUAUGACCAACUGUCAGACAUGUGGUCGCUUGGGCUUUCUAAUCUAUUGUACAAUUUACUGUUCCUAUGAUUAUUAAUAAACUGAAUUCAGGAGUUAUUUGCACAUAUGAUUUUCUAGAAAAACAUUUAAAAUUAAGGAAGAUGUGUACACAAACGUCAUCCAACGUUGUCGACUUUUGACCAAAAGUUGAAAAAGACACGCUGUACGGAAUAAAAAAAAGUCCUCCUUCAUUCCUCGGUUCUGCUAGUAUGAUAUCUCGCCAGACUUCUGGCGACUUUGAGGGAUGUUUAUGACGAAACCGGAGAUGCAAUGUUUUGCCACAAAUAGACAGUACGUUGAGAAGAGAUACGGUUCACAUAUAUCAAAUUUCGUAAUAGAAAUCCUUCCAGAUCUCCGUACGCAUAUUUACCAGACAGGUUACGCAUGCUGUGCUUAGACUCAUACCUAUUUAAUGUAUGAGCAAAUAACGUGUUUGAUUCAUAAAUAUGUUGGUGUAGAUUAUUUAAAAGCGCUAUGUCUAAAUGACCAGAUUUUAUUUUAUGUUCGUUACCUCACAUUAUUCUAUAAAUCUGGAGUCCAUGUGACUAACAUUCAACCAGAAUAGAACAUUAGUGACUAUUCAGUUUUUAACAUCAGCAUCGGUUAAGUGCUCUUGCGCGUGACUGAUAGGUACUGAGUUUGGAUCUCGCGAGGCGAGGUCGUGGAUGCGCACUGCUGAAGAGUCCCACAAUAGGACGAAACGGCCGUCCAGUGCUUCCAGGUUUUCCAUGGUGGUCUAGCUUCAAUUGACUCAUGAUUUCAACUAUGAAAAAACAACCUACUAAGUUGUCAUUUACUACCUUACUUUCAGAAUUGUUUUCAACUGUCUGCAUCAUGGAUUUGGCAAAGUAUAAAAAAGCGCAUCUGUCUUCCUGAAUCUGACUACAACAUAAUGUAAUAUUUCAUGCCUACUUCUUUUUGUUGUUGUUAUUAAGAUUAUUUUUCUAAAAGCAUAUCACUUCCCAUUUAAAUUUUCAUUGAUACUGUAUAUUAACCAUUUGUAUACAUCAAUAAAGUGGUGUGUUUAAACGAAUUCAAUCAUCUUUUUAAGAAAAAUAUACUUGGUAAUAAAUCAACAGGAUGAGGAGGAUAUGUUCUCAUCUGAAUAUCAGCUAAAUCUGAGAACUCAUUCCGAUUUGUCAAGAUUGAAAGGUGGCACAUUAAACCAGUUUAAUUAUUUAUUUAAACACAUAAAUAUUGGUACAAAGGGGCAGCAGAUACAUAUGCGCCACACAAAUCUCAUUUGAUUUGUGUGAGGGCUGUGAUACUGCCCGGGUGCCUAAACCGAAACAGGUGGUGACUAACGGUUGGUUCAUACGCCAUUUGUUCUCUCAGGAUACUGGAGCCCAUGUGCACUAUUGGUUUAGAAUCAGGGUUUUCUAACUCCCCUAGGUCGACAUGAAGAGUGUUCACCAACCCGGUUAAAGCGCCGGACAUUCGCUUUUCGUCGUCUCAAUUUCGUAAGCAACACUCGUGGUGCGAGAAGGCAGUGAGUAGGACUUCCCUGACAGAGGCUAUAUACGCAAGGCCAUGUGAGAACUUUUCAAGAUGGAGUAUUUCCCGGUCGCUCAAACCGAAGUAAAACACAGUCACAACGUAGAACUUCGUACGUACGUACAUCAGUUCGAGUUGCCAUACCACAUUAGCAGAGAUGCAGUUGUCCAUUUAAAUACCAUAGUGGUGGAAUUAGUGAGAGUAUAAGCAGUAAACCGAAAGAUUAGGGUUUGAAGAUGUCAUUUAAGGAGUAUAAUCCAAUAC